UUCAGUAUCCUUUCUGCCUCACGUGAGUGUGCCUGAAUUGUUGUUAUGGUCUGUUUUCGUUCGCCGGGCUCGUCCCAUUCGCUCGACCCGACGGAGAUGAAUCUUUCCACGGAAGUAGAAAAUGAUCUUAUCGUGAAAGAGAUACCAGUAUUCCUCUCCAAGACUCUGGCGGACAAAUUAAUUAUUGUUCAGUAUCCUGCGCACAUCAAGGAUGGUUGCACCAAUGCCACCAUCUCAAAGACCUCCAUUAAGCCCGAAAACCAGAAAAUUCGUAUUGAACUUGCGAUGGAUACAACGAACGAACGCACUUACGAUCACAAUAUGGGAAAGCAGCUGGCUUUAAAUACAGACAGGAAAUCUCAGGAAAAUGAUGAAACGGUAUUUGAAAGCGAUCUGAUGAAUAAGGUCGUGUUGACGUCAGAACGGGCAUUGUCGAACUGCUCGAAUUUCGCGGUCGGGAUCUUUCAGGACGACGAGCUGCACAUCACACCGUUGAAGGCGAUUCUGCACAUGAAGCUGCAAUGCAACCUGGACGAGAGCGAGGAAUACGCCAGGGACGGGACGAAGGGCGCGGAAAAAGACGAGGACGAAGAUAACGCCACACCGGUGAAGGUAACAUUCGCCAGACAUCUGCCGGACAAUCUGAAGAAGCUACAGGAGCAAUCUUUCCAGCAUCACUACAAAAAAAGCCAAGAGGAACGUUGGAUUGAUAUGAAUUACGCGCCGCCUUACGAUAUGCUGGCCGAGUCGACACGGAUAGAGAUAUUGUGCCCGUCGGGCGAGGAAUCGGCAAAUUCCCUGAAUUUGCCUCCGUUAAAAUAUCUGUAUCUAUUGGUACCGCAAUUACCUGACGAGUGCUACUCGCAAUCCACCUCCGAGGAUCAGACAGAUCUUCAUCAUAUCAUGACUUUACCUUUGCUGGAUCAAAUCAAGAUAAUCAUGAAACAAGUGAGAGUUAUAUCCUAUGAAAAAUUAUGCGAAAUUCUAUUGCCGGAGCACGAUACGACAACGGCACUCAAGUAUUUGCAGCAAGUAGCUACGUUGGUGCGGGGUAAUUGGGUUGUGAAAAGCGAACUGAUAUACCCCAAGGAAGGCCUUUCCCCUCCGGACAGCAACUCCGAGUUUAUGUGCGAAGCUCGUGAUUACAUUUUAUCACUGUUUACCGAACAGCAGUUUCUCCGUCGCGAUAAGAUUUUGUCCGUCAUCAAGCUGACGCCGGAAGAGAUUAAUCAGAUUUUUACGGAGCUCGGAACAUUCGAUUCGGAGAAGGGUUGGCGGUUGAAAGAGCCAUCCAACGGGGACUUCUGUAAUAGGUAAUCGUUAUAUAUUUCGAAAUCGUCACGCGGCAAGAGAAACUCUGGGAAAUGAAGAGGAAGCACCUGCGCGAAACGCUGGAAGCGCAGAAUCAGCCGC